AUGAGAGGGAUCAAAGACGUGAGGUCCUCUAUAAGCAAAAUUAGCAUAUGUUUAGAUCAACUAGAUUCGAACAUAGAGGAAAGAGAUAGAUUGAUCAACCUGCUUAAACUUACUCCGUCGUCAAAUGAUAACUAUGACUUAGUAACUCUAUUGGGCAGAAUUCGUAAAUAUUUGGGAUAUUUACAGGAUGAUUUAAUAAGCUUGAUAGAGAGAGGAGAAAAUGAAUCGUCAUUGACAGCCGAAUUUAAGGAUAUGGUAUCUCGUUUUCAAUAUUUGACUCAAAAGUUGUCCAAUGAUCUGACGAUUGAUAUUCUGGAAUAUGAAUUUGAGCGCAAGGAGCUACCAAAAUCCAAAGAUGCGGUCAAAUCUGUCAGGUUCAAGGACAACCCAGAGCACCCAGAAGAAGAUCUAAAAAGCGAACUAAUGGGUAGUCAACCAUUUCAACCGUAUCAUGACGAUGAUCAAAACACGGAGACAGAGUCAUUCGAUAAUGAAUCUAAUCAGCAAAUGUUUGCACUGCAUGCCCAGCGGCUCCUUGAGCAAGAUCAAAGCUUGGACUCUCUACAUGAUUCUAUACAAAGACAGCAUUCUAUGGGACUAACUAUAAAUAAUGAACUAGACAACCACUUGAUAAUUCUAAAUGAUCUUGAGCAAGGAGUUGAUGGAUCCUAUCAAAGGUUGAAUACAGCCACUAAUAGAUUGAAUGAUUUUAGAAGGAAAUGUAAGGAGAAUGGAAGUAUGAUCACAAUUAUUGUUUUGACUGUCAUUUUAAUUCUAUUAUUGGUUGUCUUGAAUUAG